AGCUGCGACGCGAAACGGAGCGAGGCCCAGUCUGCACCCAGCGGCACCAGCUCCACACACCAGGUGACGCGCAGCAAGUGAGCCAUCGGCGUUAUACUGAAGUUUCUGAAGAUAAAGCGACUGUUCUAUUUGGGAAAGGCACAACGCAUUUUCAAACCGAUUGAGGAGGCCUUACUACGAGAGUGCACUCAGCAGACCCGACGGGACUUGGCAAGCACAAACUGUGCAAUGCUGUACAUGGAGGAGUGCGGGGCGUGCUCGCUGCCAGCGGCCGCCCAGACCGCAGGCGUCGUCUCUCUGAUAGAAGCUGCUGCCUUUGUGACAGCAUCAUUCCUCCUGCAGGACUGCCCGUUGGGUGCUGUCGACCACGAUUUGGGGCCAAUGCGAGCGCAAGCCUUGUUCAUCACGCAGAUCGUGUCUAUCGUGGUGGCUGCUCUGGCGCUCAUUGCAACCGUUCUCCUCUUUAUUGGAGUGCAUCUGAGGUCCCCCGGGCUGCUGGUGCCGUGGCUGGUGCUGAAUGGGCUGUCGGUGCCACUGGUGGUGCUGGCGGCGGUGCUGUUCGCCGUAUUGGCUGGCCUCGGUGAGGCCUUCCUGCUGAUGACAGCCAUUCUCCUCGUCGGCAUUUGUGUCUCCUCAACUAAGACAGAAGAUGAAUCAGACGAUUUGCUCAAAACUAUAGCCGAUGACAUCAAGGAAGUUCUUCCUCCAGAUGCAGUCUUGCCUUCGGAAAACAUAAGUACUCCUCUUGUUGGUGAGAAUGCAGACUGUGAUCCAAGACACACACUGCAUGUGGACGCAUUUUUGUACGAUGAUGAGCAAGUAGAUGACAUGUGUGAAGAUGGUCGGCUGGACAGAAACUACUGCCUGCAGUGUGGUUCACACAAGACAAGGCCUCUGACCUUCAUAUCUCACUCGGCAUCACGGGAGCGGCUGCGCUACAUCUUCAGAGCCCUGUUGCCACCGUUAGAGCGUGAGGGGACAGUGAUCCUGGACGUGGGCUCGAGGCUGGGGGCCGUGCUUUAUGCGGCGUACAUAUACACGAAGGCAACCAAGAUUUUUGGAGUGGAAAUAAAUAAAGACUUCUGUAAUCUACAACGCGAUAUUAUCAAGAAAUAUAAUUUCCAGGACAGAGUGGUGGUACUGGAAGGCGACGUGACUAAUGCGGCAGACGUGAUCCGGGCGGCGGACGUCAUUGUGAUGAACAAUGUGUUCGAAUUCUUCAUGCCGGCGGAGAAGCAGGUGGCGGUGUGGCGGCUCCUGCGUGCGGCUGCACGGCCGGGCGCACUUCUGGUGACGGUUCCCGCACUUGAGGCAGCCUUCGCCCACCUACAGACGGGCAUCGACCUGACAUCGUGGGUGCGACCGGUGCCACCACAUGACCCCGAGGCACCUGGCUUAGUGGACAUAGCGGAGGAGGCAGAGCAUGUGCGGCUGUACGAGGUGAUGUAGUGCCCGGCAGAGAGGGCCUGCACUUGCAGGCCAGGACGAUCUUCUGUGUUGACAGUCAGUGGCCACAGCAGCAUGUGCGGCAAAUUGGUGGCACCGCAACACGCCAUGUGACAGUUCGGCAUGGGCAGUCAGUAUCUGUAUCGGCCUCAGAAGGUGGCAUCAGUGUCACUAAAUACUCAUCCUCCUAUGCAUGUGUCAGAUGUAAGUGGUAUAAUUUGUGUGUGUGUGUGUGUGUGUGUGUGUGUGUGUGUGUGUGUAAAACCAUGUAAACUAACAAUGUGUAUUGAUCCUCAUGAGAAUAUGCAGUAAUGAAGUGUGGCUGUUUGGUCCAGGUGAGCCUGUGUGGGGAGACAGUGAACACUCACCUCAUUGGACAGACUCAAUUUUUGUCUCUGUAGAAAUUCAGGAAUAUUUGAUCUAUUAAAUGUCUUCCUAAUUGAA